ACACACACACACACACACACACACACACACACACACACAGGGAAGCAGAGGGAUUACAAAGGCACAGAGACCCAUAUGCUGCCCAGGGAUGGAGGCGAGAAAGCUAAAUGCGAGAAGGAGUAAUGACCAAGGAAGUGGUUUUGAAGAUGAAGCCCCACCACAUGGGAGCCUCCCAGGUCGUCCUCUCUCUGCUGUAGCUCGUCUGUACGUGUACGCGCUUCAUGGCUGCCUGUGCGAGGUGGCCUUCACUGCAGUGUGGGACUGGUGCAGCACCGCGGACAGGAGGCUGGCGGGCCACAGCAGCUUGUGGGCGCUGCCUAUGUACGCCAUUGCUAUCUACCUCAUUGAGAGCCUGAGAGAGCGGCUGCUGGCUCGGCGUCUUCCGCUGCCUCUGCGUCUGGCAGCCUACACCAUGUUCAUCUACCUGUGGGAAUUCAGCUGGGGGGUGGGGCUGAGUCUGCUGGGGGCCUGUCCAUGGGACUACUCAGGUUUUAGGUACAACCUGGGAGGACUGGUGACUCUGGAAUAUGCAGUGCCCUGGACUGUGGCGGCGUUUAUGGCUGAGCAGCAUGUGAUCAGGAACACUCUGAGGAUACGACUGUUCAACUGAACUGAUAAUAAUCUGGAAUACUGCACUUCCAAAAAACUACAAUGUAGUAACAUAAUUUCAGGAACAACACCACACUAUUGUGCUUUUUUAUUUGAUGUUUUAAGUUAAAAUGGUGAUUCAUUAAAGCUGACAACAUUUUCUGUAUUUCUUUUAUCACAGACCAAAACAAGACUGGUGGAUUGGUAGACUAAUGUAAAUAAAUGAUUUUAAGGAAUA